GUUCCAGAUAGAGAUCAACAUUUAGUCUACUAUUGUAAGCCAAUGUUGGUGGUGGUGGUGGGAGUCGGAGAAGUCACACAAAUCAAUUCAACAAAGAGGAAAGAAGAACUAUUCAAUCUAUUGUCUAAGGAGAUUGUGGGAUGCGUAAGGCUAGCUUGGGUCUGGGCCUUGGCAUGGAUGCCAAUUCGGAGGCAUUUUCAAGCUCCAGCUCAUCGUUUACAACCUCAUAUAGCGAUGGCAGUGAUUUGGCCAACUGGGAGGAAUACGUGGCCGAUGAUGGUAGCCUUUUCUAUGCCGAAUACAUGCCAAAUGCUACGCGAACGACCGAACGUCGUGUGGAAUUUAUGCGCCUGGGAAAGAAGUCGGGAAGACGCCAACAGCAGCAGCAACAACAACAACAACAACAACAAAAACCGCAAACGCCACAGAGUCAUAACAAUCGCCAGAGUCAAAGCCAAAGCCAAAGUCAUGCCGAAGAAUUCCGAUUCUCACAGUUGAAAACCAGCGACAGUCACAAACAAUUGGAGUUGGUUAUAACAGCAGCGGAUCGUUUUCGUUUUGGUCGACGUUCCACAGCGGUGGAGUCAAUUUUGGGUUUCCGUGUCCAGCCCUUUCCCGAUCAGCCCGAAUGCCUGAUGGUGGAGAGUUUUGUCCAUGAUAUUAGUGCCCUGCAACAUCAGGGUGGCACCAUUAAGCGUGGCGAUUGGUUUAAAUCCCUAAAUGGCAUUGAGUUAUAUGCCAGCAAUGUGGAUGAGUUGCUGCAACAAUUUAUAGAGCCAACUCAGGUGUGUUUGGGAUUCCAGGGCAAUCAGGAGAACGACGACGAACGCGAUUUGGCCAAAGCAACUGCUGAGGGUGGUGGUGCUGAAAACCAAGCAGAUAAUCCGGGGCCGGCUGGACAUCAUCAGCAGAUUAGUAAAGUGGUUAAUUUUGCCAUGUUCGCGGAACAAUUCGAGCGAAUGAUGGUGCCCACAUCCAGUACCAGUUCAGAGACUGGUAGCAUGCCUUUUGCAUUGCUAUUGCUACCGCCGGAAUGCUAUCAACAGGAUCAGCAUAAAGAUUCUCUAUACUACUAUCCAGAAAAUCCGUCAACUAAUUUCCUAUACAAGGCUCGCGGAUCAUUUCUCACCCUGCAUGCCGUGUUGAGUGAGCUGCAGACGCAACCGUUGACCUCGCGUUUAAGAGUGGGUGACGAUCGACAGAUCUAUCAUGUAAACUAUCGACGUCUCAAUGGUUUUCUAGUCCUCCUGGCCUAUUCAUCGAAUCUCUUUACCGAAGCGGAAUGUCAUCUGCGUUCCGAUGAACUAAUGGGCUAUAUACGUUUCUCUCUGCCUGGCCUGACCUUGGACAACUUUACUAGUAAUGGUGGCGGCAGCGGCGGCGGUGGCUCGGAUGAGGGCUUACGUUUGUUCCUGCGCCACUUUUGUAGCAUUCAAAGAAGUCGUCUGCUAGCCACCUCUUCCUCCGGUCCACACAUACAGUUCGAGCAGCUCUUGAGACAAUCCUGCAGUCUGCCUUUGCCGAAAGAGGCUCAACUGCGAAUAUUCGAUGCUCUUAGUGAAAUGGAAGCUAUGGACUAUCGGAAUUGGAAUGACGAACCUUUGACCACCCAUCGAGAGUUCUUCAUUUAUGGAAGCGCCUUGUACUAUGAACAUUAUCUGCUGGCCAGUCUCUUGCCUGCCUCCGAGCGUGUCCAAGUGGAGGGAUUCCUGCGUUGUCGCGGCAUCUUUGAUUUUAUAGCGAAUCCAAAACUUCGUGUACGAGAGUUAUAUGUCUGGGAGGAGAUUGUUAUGCCAAAUGCCACAGGUCGUUAUUUCCUCACUGUAUGCACACGAAAUCAUCUUAGCUUGGCAGUAAUAUUAAAGAUAUUCGAUGCCCCGGACAUGGCUCCAGAUGCCAUAGUUCCGCCCUCGCUAUUUUAUAUUGAAGAAAUCCAAGAGACUUUGGAUCAUCUAGUGCAAUGUGGCAUCGAAUCGUUGGCCAUGUUUUGGUCCAUUUCGAACAAACGACCCGAGGUCCUCAAUGAGGCGGAGAAAAUGCAGGAGCAUGCAGCUGCUACCUCGGGCACUGUGCCAGAUCCAGAGAAGGAAGAGACUGUACCCCAUAAGUUGGAAUCGUUUUUGAAACAAAAGCUCACAGUUUUGUCCUCCACCAACACGAAUUCCUCGGCGGCAGGGGAUGAGGAGACUGGCCAACAGUGCUCCUCACUGGGCGGCUCGUCUAUACAUAGUUUAACGCCCAGUGAGGAUGAUUCCUCAAGGCGCCGUCUUACACCCAUACAUGGUCCCGGUCCUGGCGAAGAUUCGGAUUCCGGUUCAGAUUGGGAAAACUUUGCUGUUCAGCAUCCGCUGCAUUUCGGUGAAAAUCAAAGUCAAAGCCAAAUGACGGAAUCCAUGUGGAAGGAGAUUAACAAUGUGGUGCCCGUGAAAAUUUCAGCGGGAUGGAAAAAUUCAGUAUUGUAUUAUGUUUACAUUGAUUUGGCCAAUGGUUCGCUAUUUGCUCCAUUCAAUAGUGGGUCAGAGAGUUUGCCAUUUCUUUCCGAGAUACGUAAAGCUUGCCACAUAAUACAUUCCGUACUGGAACGCUCCAAACAUUAUCGUAGACCAUCAAUGGAAUCCUCCACAUCUACGUCCAGCAGCCAUAGCCAAUCUGUGGCCAAAGAGCAUGGCAUCACAUUGAAUCUUCAAGGAGAAGGUCUGACUGGGAAUGGUUUACAAAUUGUGGUCAUUGGACGACUAUUUCAAUCACCUGCCAAAGAGGUCUAUGUCUGCCACCGUGCCGAAGUUCCUCAAAAUAUUAUCGAAAUGGCAUUCAGAUUAUCAUUUUUCUCAAUGGGCUAAGCCACAAUAAUAUUUAA